ACGGAUGGUUUAUAUAGAGGAGGGUGUGAGCACAGCGUAUUGCCACCGCAGCGCUCAACGCGGCUCAAGUUGAAGGCUGCGGAUCUGCAACGCGACAUAUUCAGGGAAGAAGAGAAAAAGCCUCAUUUUCAGACACAAAUAAUGACUUCUCUAAACGCAUAAACUCCGCUACUUGCGCUUUUAAACCUAUAGGUCCAAUCUUAGACAGAUACAGCUGUAUACCAGCGAAGAAAGAGCGCACAGGAGACACACCAUGCACUGUCAAGCCGAGCUGAGACUCUCCUCCCCCGGGCAGCUGAAGGCGGCCAGGAGGCGCUACAAGACGUUCAUGAUCGACGAGAUCCUCUCCAGGGAAACUUGUGAUUACUUUGAGAAACUUUCUCUGUACUCCGUGUGUCCUUCUCUCAUCGUUCGACCAAAGCCUCUUCAUUCAUGUUCAGGCUCCACGUCACUGCGUGCCUACCCGCUCCUCUCAGUGAUCACACGGCAGCCCCCCAGUGUGCAGCCCCACCUGCAGCAGUCAUCCUCCCCGGGUGCGGUCCCCUCGCACCUGCCUGUCAUCUCUCCACAGCUCCCACGAGGCUCCGAAGCCUCACCCAGCCAGACGCCCCUCAGCAUCAGCAGCGAGUCAGAGACAGAGAGCGGCACGCCGCGCCUGAAGAAGCCCCGCCGCAGUCGCACCAUCUUCACUGAGCUGCAGCUGAUGGGGCUGGAAAAGAAGUUCCAAAAGCAGAAAUACUUGUCCACACCUGAUAGAUUGGACCUGGCUCAGUCCCUGGGUCUCACGCAGCUUCAGGUGAAGACGUGGUACCAAAACAGGCGUAUGAAAUGGAAGAAAAUGGUGCUUAAAGGAGGUCACGAGGCCCCGACCAAGCCCAAGGGAAGACCAAAAAAGAACUCCAUUCCUACAACAGAGGAAAUAGAGGCUGAAGAGCGAAGACUGAAGAUGGAACAGCAGAUGAGGAGGGCGUCUGACGAACCUCAGGAUCUCAGUUCAGAAACUCACAGUCCAGGCGGAGCAAUCGAGGUAUCCGAGCAGGAGCCGCAGCCACUCCUAAUGUCAGAAACUCACUUAGCCAGCUAAGUGAGAAUGAACCAACCAAAGACUAUGAAAACCUGAAAACAAAAAGUCCCUCAGGAUCAGUGUACAAAGCUUGUUUGGUGUAUAGAUUCAAUUGCUUUAGCAGGAUGACUGGAUGCACUUUGAUGGCACCCAAUCUGUACGCAAUGGACCCUUGUAUGUUUUAGUGUACUGGAAAAAGUAUUAUAGAACAACAUUACGCUAAUACACACUGAUUGCACUGGUAAUCCUGUGGGCUUUUGGUCCUCAUUUUAAAGGAGGGUCAUCCUGUCGAACCCAAAACAGGUUAGUCAAACCUUUAUGGUGACAUAUAUCAAAUGCUCAACUAGCUUGCACACACCUCUCAGCUCUCAAAGCUGUCAAAUUUCCAACACUGCCUUAUAGUAGAAAAACUAUGUGUCUUUGCAUAAAUAACCAACUGCCAAAAACUGUUAAUAUGUGCCUUGUUGGUCUCAGAGGAAAUCUUUUACUUGUUGGUGAAAUAGCCAUCAAAGACAGUAUAUUUUUUACAAUCAAGUGCCAAAGUUGGAAACAGAUUUUUACAGUUAACCAAAUGAAACCUCCGUCUGCAGGUUUAAGUUAAGCUGUACAGCUUUGAGCCUCAAAUAUGUAUAUAUAUAUAUAUAUAUAUAUAUAUAUAU